GGAGUUUCAGGUGAAUGGGUCACGGAGGGAGGAGGCCGGCCACGCCACACCUCGUCGCUAGGGCCCACCUCCCGGUCCCUCUUUCCUUAGGCGACAGCGGUGGAGUUGCGGGAGAGCGGUCCAGCGCAGGGAGCAACCGGCUAGGGGCGCAGCAGGUCUGCUUAUCUUGGGAGCCUCGAAGUCUUGCUCAUCAUAGAGAUCACGUGACCAGUGACAUCAGCCAUGUCUGUGAGGCCUUUUGAAAGUCCACCUCCUUACAGACCUGAUGAAUUCAAACCCAAUCAUUAUGCACCAAGCAAUGACAUGUAUGGUGGAGAAAUGCACGUUCGGCCGAUGCUCUCUCAGCCUGCGUACUCCUUUUACCCAGAAGAUGAAAUUCUUCACUUCUACAAGUGGACGUCACCUCCAGGAGUGAUUCGGAUCCUGUCCAUGCUCAUUAUUGUGAUGUGCAUUGCCAUAUUUGCCUGUGUGGCUUCCACACUUGCUUGGGACAGAGGCUAUGGAACGGGCCUCUUUGGAGGGAGCCUAAACUUCCCUUAUGGAAGUGGCUUCGGCUAUGGAGGUGGCUAUGGAGGCUAUGGUUAUGGCUAUGGUUAUGGCUAUGGAGGGUAUACAGACCCAAGAGCAGCAAAAGGUUUCCUGUUGGCCAUGGCAGCUUUUUGCUUCAUUGCUUCCUUGGUAAUAUUUGUUACCAGUGUUAUAAGAUCUGGAAUGUCCAGAACGAGAAGAUAUUACUUGAUUGUGAUCAUAGUCAGUGCUAUCCUGGGCAUAAUGGUGUUCAUUGCUACGAUCGUGUACAUAAUGGGAGUCAACCCAACUGCCCAGGCUUCUGGAUCUAUGUACGGGUCACAGAUAUAUACCAUCUGCAGCCAGUUUUAUACUCCGGGAGGCACUGGUCUCUACUUGGAUCAAUAUUUGUAUCACUACUGUGUGGUGGAUCCCCAGGAGGCUAUAGCCAUUGUCCUGGGGUUCAUGAUUAUUGUGGCUUUUGCUUUAAUCAUCUUUUUUGCUGUGAAAACCCGAAGAAAGAUGGACAGGUAUGAUAAGUCCAAUAUUUUGUGGGAUAAGGAACACGUUUAUGAUGAACAGCCCCCCAAUGUUGAAGAGUGGGUUAAAAAUGUGUCUGCAGGCACACAGGACAUGCCUCCACCCCCAUCUGACUAUGUGGAAAGAGUUGAUAGUCCGAUGGCCUACUCCUCCAAUGGCAAAGUGAAUGGCAAGCGAUCAUACCCAGAGUCUUUCUAUAAGUCAACGCCUCUGGCGCCUGAAGUGACCCAGGAGCUUCCUCUGACCUUGUCUGUGGAUGACUUCAGGCAGCCUCGGUACAGCAGCAAUGGUAACCUAGAGACACCUUCGAAAAGGGCUCCCACGAAGGCAAAAGCAGGAAAGACGAAGAGGGCAGACCCAGACCACUAUGAAACAGACUACACAACAGGUGGCGAGUCCUGCGACGAGCUGGAGGAGGACUGGGUCCGGGAAUAUCCACCUAUCACUUCAGAUCAACAACGUCAACUCUACAAGAAAAAUUUUGAUGCAGGAUUACAGGAGUAUAAGAGUUUACAGGCAGAACUGGAUGAGGUCAAUAAAGAGCUCUCUCGUCUAGACAGAGAACUGGAUGACUACAGAGAGGAGAGUGAAGAGUACAUGGCUGCUGCUGAUGAAUAUAAUAGACUAAAGGAAGUUAAGGGAUCUGCAGAUUAUAAGAGUAAGAGGAAUUACUGCAAGCAGUUGAAGAGCAAAUUAUCACACAUCAAGAGGAUGGUGGGAGACUACGACAGACGGAAACCUUAGACAGAUGCCCAUUGCUGGAGGAGCGAGAGGUGCAUCUGCCUGCCUGAUGUCUCUGCAUUGCUCUCUGAGGCACACUGACUUUGGACUCUAAUCUGGGAAGUUAAAACUUUGUGACCAUUGCAAAGUUUCUAUAGCUUUAAUACCAUCAGUUUCAUAUCUCCAGUAUUAAAGCGUUUUAUAAAUGGCUUUUGAUAAUUGACUGGACAAUUAAGAAUUUAACAGUUGCAACAUUGAUUCUUGUAUUAAGAAUGAAAUGUUGUUUGAGUUUUUAAAUGUAAAAAAAGGUCCUGGUGUGAACUGUGAUAUGAACAUUCACACACCACACAGUGAGAUAUGUCUUAAUCCCAAGUGUGUUCUUCCAGGUGGACCAUUAAUUAAUCUUUGCAGCAGCCCUCAGGUGACUGUUAUUUAUAAUCAGGUGGUUUUUGAGAAGGGGUUUCUCUGUGUAGCCCUGGCUGACCUACAACUUCUUCUGUAGACCAGGUUGUCCUUGAACUCACAAAGUUCCUCUGAGUGCUGGGUACAGGGAUUAAAGGCGUGUACCAUUAUCAUCACUUUUUCUGUAAGGAAACUGGGUCCCUGCGGUGACAUCUCUAAACUGAAACUGCUUGCUUCACAAAGGCAGUUUUGGCUAAGUCUGUUUUAUGACUCUGCAAAUUAUAGCAUUCCUGCCUUUUGUAUUUCAGGGGAAAUAUAAUACAUUCCCUACUGCUGUUUUUCUUAUAUUGACUUUAACAAAUGAAUAGGAUUAUUUUUGGCUUUACAUUUUUCCUAACACUUAAGAUCAUGUAAAAUUAACAAAUAUGUGAAAUUUAAGAAUUGUAAAAAAUAUAUAUUUACAUUUGAAAGAUGAUUUUAAAUCUGGGGUUAAAGUGCUUUUACUCUUUUAUAGUUUACAUGCUUUUUUGUUGAUAACCCACUAGACCUUUCCAUUGUAUCAGAGUAUCCAAUUACAUUUAUAAUUAUGACUUGAAUUGUAUUUCACAGGAAUGCUCAAGUUUUGUACAUAUUUUAUAAGGUAUUAAACCUGAUGUUCUCUUUCUAUAAUGUGCUUAUUUGAUGUCAUGAGUACUUCUAUAUUCAGUUGUGCAAAGCUAUACUAGAGUUUCAGUGUGUGAACUAUCUUGGGUGCUGUGCUAGCAGGUGAUUUCCCAGUUCUUGGGCAGUGGACAAAAUAUGUCUAGAAAUCGGAUAAUGUUCAUAGGACAGCACAAGACUUAAACGGUGUCUGUAAAUCCAUGAUGUUCUUUAAGAAUUAAAAUUCUUGUUAGUAGCAUAAAAUUAGUUGAUAGUACUUUAUAAUCUAAAUUGCCAUCCAGCCCAGUUUGGUCUGUUUUAGCUGAAAAUGUUUUAUAUACCAUUCAGACAUCAAAGAACAUGUUUUUGUCUAUACAAUUUUGAAUUAUUUUCCAAUGGUAAAAAUUUAAAGAAUGUUUUUAUGUAACACUGGUUCAGUUUUUUCCAAAUUGAAGAAAAAUUUUAUUUUCUAUAUGCUGAACAUAGCGCAAAAAAGUAUUUUCAUACCUUUUGGAUUGACACCAAGUAGAAAGGACUGUUUUGGAGAUCGCUCACUGGUCUUUAGUUAAUUAACUUUUCACUCUUGGAAAUCUUUGUUCUUUUGUGUUGUUUUGUUUUGAUUUAGACAGGGUUUUACAAGGUGGCUAAAGCUGGCCUUGAACUAAUGAAUUACUUCAGGCUGGCUUCAAAUUUGCAAUCCUGCCUCCACUCCCUAGGUGGCAGGGAGAUGAGAGGUUCUCCUCCAUGCCUGGCUCCUACUUAGUGAAGCCAACUUGCUAGUGUCCUCACAAAACAGGUCUGUUUUGUUAGAUGGAGAAAAUGAAGUGGUGGGAAUUAUAAAACUGUGCCAUAAAAUUAGAUAUUGGAAGAAUAAAAGAAAUAAUUCUUUUCCAAUGUGGUGCUAACACUGCAGGCCUGAAGCCAGUACCAGGGUGUGUCCAUUGGUGCAGAAAUUAACUAGCUGAUCUAAUCUAGAGAGUCUGUUCAGGAAGUUUCUUCAUGUAAAAUAAGGGCUAGAUUAAACUUUAGAGGCAUUUUACAUUCUGACCCAUGGUUUUCGGUUUUCAUACCUUCUCUCUGCUAAUAAAACUAUUCUGGGAAAUAGUU